AUUACCAUUUUUAUUUUGCAGCCACCAGUGGUUGUUGAACUACUUGAGAAAAGUCCACCUUCAUCUGGACUAUACCCUCUCACCGUUACCAUGACACCAAUGACCACACCCACUUUAGUCCUACCAGUCACCUUUGAUUUGAUUGGUCUGUUCUGCAAUGAUAUCGACACUCGUCUGGUGGCUAAGCAACUGAGAAACAGACUACAGGAACAAAUAAAAUUAAUAGCACAAACCAUCAUGGUUGAUAAAGAUACUAAUGAUCAAGACAUUCAUUCAGUUUCUUUCUUUCAUUUCAACUUACCCAAUCAACACGUCCCCAUCACUAUCCCAUACCCUCACCUUCCUCUCUCUACUGAUACCACCAUCACUCCUUCUCCUCUUCCUGACUCUUCCCUUCUCUCCCUUCGAACUAAACUCCAUCAAACCUUUUGCCUUCCAACUAAUCGACCGUUUCUUCGAAAGACUAACAGACAAUGGUCACCUUGGAAGCAGGAGGCACGCCUGUUUGAUCCACACGUGUCAUUAAAUUUGACAGAAGGUGGUGAGGGAUUAGCUUUGGUGAAUGGCAGUUAUCUUUAUUAUCAUUACAUGCAAGAAAAGUUUAAUGAUAAGGGUUGGGGUUGUGCUUAUAGAUCCCUCCAGACAAUAUGGUCUUGGUUUCGUUGUCAAGGCUACACUGAUGUACCUGUUCCUACCCACAGGGAGAUACAGCAGACUCUGGUUGAUUGUGGGGAUAAAGAGAAGCCAUUUAUUGGCUCUUCUGAAUGGAUCGGUUCAAUUGAAGUCAGUACUGUCCUGAAUCACUCGUUACAGAUAGAAUCUCGUAUUCAUCACUGCUCAAGAGGAGCUGAUAUCGCUGGUACCGGUCGUCUUUUACAGCAUCAUUUUAGAAACCAGGGCACACCCGUAAUGAUAGGGGGCGGGGUUCUAGCUCAUACCAUAUUAGGAGUUGACUAUGACGAGCAGUCUGGUGACAUUAAGUUUUUGAUUCUUGAUCCUCAUUACACUGGCCCUGAGGACAUUAAUUUGAUAAAUGGAAAAGGUUGUGGCUGGAAAGGGAUGAAUUUUUGGGAUCAAAAUGCAAGCUACAAUUUGUGUAUGCCCAUCAGACCUCAGGAAAUAUAAAAUACAAAAAACUUUGUCAUUUUUUGCUUUUAAUGCUUUAUUUAUAUAUGCCGUAAAUUAUCUAAUAGAGCGGUAUGAUCAAAUAACUAAA